AUGUCUUCGAAAUCAGCACACUCUGGACCUGAUUAUCCAUUACCAAGUGGAAUUGAAAUGGACAAAGGAAGUCAAACUUUUGAUAACGCUAGAGGCGGUUUAAAAGUGACAUGGACUGAUAAAUUAAAUCAAAAGCAUAUUGUAGAUCUUACAAGUGAAGAUGAAGUUAGCGUAACAUUUCCUAUUCAAUUUGGCGGAUCUUGGAACUGGAAGGAAUCGGCAGGAAAUAUGCAAAGGACCGGUUUUAACGCUGCAGUUUCUUGGGUUGCAGCUACAUUUACAAGAAUGAAUGAAACUAAUCCAGCAAAAAAGUUUUGGGGUAAUCUAACUGGACAACAAUUAUCUGGAUUCUAUGUUCGGAUAUCAGCUGUAGGAUUUAGAAAUAUUCCUGCAGAUCAAGGAUUUUUAGGCGAAUUAAAAGAUCGAGUCAAAGAUGUUAGUGAGUUUGCUGAGCUAGGAGCGAAAACAGCGGAAGAAGUGAUAAAAAUCGCCCAAGCAGCAGGAAAAUUAAAGACAGGUUGA